CCACAGUACCUUGUAACGACCGUGUAGUAUUACAUCAAUAUUCAGAGGAGAAACUUGUUGAGAGUAGUGCCUACUUUCGAAGAUUUCUACAGGGCACUCCCUUUCUCUAUUAUCGCAAAUAUCCCAUUUCAAAGUGACUUUUUUUUGUAAAGGAAAAUGUGAUAAUACCGUUUUUUGUUAUUAAAUAAUAUCAUACUGUAAGGAAAGACCGUAAUAUGUAUUACGCUAAAAUGCCGCACUACGAUGAGAGUUUUAUACACGAUGAUAAUCAAAAUCAGAAGAGGAACAAACGAAGCUACCAUGUUUAUAAGACCGGAAUAAAUCCUUUGGGGUUUCUGGAAUCCGGUGACGUAAUACAUGCUAUAGAAGAAAGAGGAACUUCGGUCAUUAAGCGAAAUAUAAUGAACAUAAAGCACCGUGGUAAUAGAUAUAAACCAGAGCCGUCAGCGUCGCAAACAGGGAUUGUGACUAAAUGCAAAAAGCCAGACAUACUAGCAACACAUUACCCGGGUAUUAGUACUUUCGAUCCUCGAAAAUAUGAUUUGCGUAAUAAUAACAUUCCGUCCCUGACGCCAUGUAAAAGUUUCGAUAAUUUGACACUGAAAAAGGGUAAGAAGGAGUUGAUUAAAGAUAAAAUUAGAAACGGUACAAGUCUUCAGAAUUUAGUGCAUGACGAGUGUUUGAAAUAUUUCGUUUCUCCAUCUGAUGAUUGCAAGACGACUCGUAAGUGCGACGUUAGGAAUUCUUACUCGGUAGUAGAAGCUCGUCGACGACCUGUGCAACGUCGUUUCUCGCGGAACACUGCGGCUCCUGGUGUUGGUGUUUAUCGGAAAAUUUGCGGAGAUGGCCUCACUAAUAAACUUUUGUAUGAGAACGAGGUUUGCGGUGAAGUGGGGUCGGGGCACCGCGGAUCACUGCGCGGCGCCAACAAACUAGCUCGACGCGCGCGCUCCUUCAAGGACGACUUACUCGAACGCAUCUCGAACAUGCGCUCGCCGGCACAGUCUGCCCAUCCAUCGCAUCUCGCCCCCAAUAUCAGAUCGCACUCCCCUCUUAGUCCGAAACUUCGGAACAUGGGUGCUAAAACUGUCACGGCGGAGGAGGGUGAAAUCACGCCUGCCAAAGAACUUGAACGGCUAGUCAAAGAGGUCACAUUCGGUUUAAAGCAUUUCUCCGAUGUCAUCACAAAGAGGAAACUUGAAAUGUUGCCGGGCAACAGCACCAUUGUUUUCGAAUCGAUCGCAAAUAUACACAAAGCGAUAAAGCCGUACUGCAGCCGGUCGCCGCAGCUGACGGGCGCCGUGAAGCGCCUGUGCACGGCGCUGGCGAUGCUGAUCCGGCUGUGCGACGAGGUGACCGUGGCGAGCCUGCGCGGCGCGGCGGAGGCGGACGCGGGCGCGGAGGCGGAGCUGGCGGCGCUGUCGCCGGAGCACGCGGGCGCCGUGGUGCGCGGCGUGACGGCGGCCGUGGCGGAGGUGGCGGCGCUGGCGCAGCAGCACAUGGCGCGCCCGGCGCUGGCGCCGCGCCCCGCGCUCGUGUCGCCGCGCGCCUCCGCGCAGCGGAACUCGCUGCCCGAUAUCCCUCUAACCCCAAAAGAGUUGUCUCUACUAACUGGUGAACCGGGGACGGAAUCAAGUGGCGUGCGUGCAUCGCACUCGUCCGAGUCAAUACUGGACGCGCCCGAAUCGCCGCCGCCCAAACCCGCCCGCCCUAACCGGAAAAUCGAGUUGGCCCCUCCUUUGCCGCCAAAGCGCAAGUCCGCGAACGACAACUCCUUACUAGGACUGUCCAUAGACAGAUUGUCGCUUCAGUCUCACAGCAGUGGCUCUCUAGAUUCAAUGCUCAACGUGUCCAACGAUGAAGAAAGAAACACACACGAUUCUAUGAAUCAUGAGGUGUUUGUAACUCCGCCUAAUUCUGAUCUAGUUGGCAUAUGCAGUUGCAAUAAUAUGAAUGAAAUGAGAUCAUCGAUAGAAUCACACGAGUCUCAUAUGAACAAUGUUCACAGUCAGUCCAAUCACAAUCGCUUCUCCAACGAGUCGGGUUUCGUGUCUGUCGGUCACUCGGAGAUAUCAACGGAACACAGUUUCACGUCGACGUUCUCGUCGCACCAUUACUCUAGUCAUACGGACAGUACUUUUGAAAGUACAGAGUAUGUGAGCGAAAUGAAGUGCACAGUACAGAGCGAAGGCCGAGUGUUCAGUGUGAACUCGCUGGCCGCGCACUCGCACAACUGCUCCAAGUUAGCGAGUAUAACUUCGGACGACAGCGAGACGCCUCCCGAGCUGCCCGUCAAGACGCGCCGCAACAUUCGAGCGGAGAUGCAGCAGUGUUUCCCCAAUGUCGAAAUCAGGAAGACGCCGCCGUUCUCGCUGCACGACGCGCGGCCGCACACGCUGGCCGAGCACUCGCACCAGCGCCCGCCGCCGCUGCCGCUCAAGAAGAAGCACAUGUUUCAAAGCGUCGCCUACAGUGUAAUGGCUUAUAUGGAGAUGUUCGGGAACUGCAGUCACACGCUCAACGCUCACCCUCCAAUCAAUCCAGAAGCGCCACCAGACAUGUUCCGACAUUCAAUACACACAUAUAAUUUAACAAGUGCGCAACAUUCUAGUUCCGGUACGAUAAGCGUGGGUCACCACCAGAUGCAAAGGACUAUGGCUUCGUCAUUAACAGUCCAACACCUGAGCACACCCCCGCUAAGCGGUUCUGAGGACAGUGUCAGUAUGAAGACAUCAAGCAGAACCAGUCCUGUACCUCCCGAACCCCCUGCGCUGCCACCAAAGAUGAAUAAAACAAAGCAAAUAUCAAUGAAUUCAAGCAACGAAUUGUUGCCCCCGCCUUCGCCCCGGCCGUCUUCAAAUAACAGUUCCACUGACGAGUCUAUGCUGAAUAAUGUGAGUUCGGAUGACCUAUACGUCACUUCAUCGUCCCCUGGCAAGUUCCCAGUGGACGAGGAAGAGUUGGACAGGCUUGUUCCCCUUCCUUCUCCAGUACCGUCACAGCGAAGUGAAAGCAGCACGGAGCCAGUGCUCCCCGCGAACGAAUCGAAUAACGCGGUUUCAUCAGACUCUGAAGAUAUAAUUCUACAGACAGAUGUUAGUUCUUGGCUUCUCCUAAAGGGGACUACCAAAGAAGGCACCGAAGUACGCGAAGUACGCGGUGGACAUCCGGACGCCUUAAUUGUGCUUGCUACAAAAGCUACCAAAGAAACGGACGAGUAUUUCGCGUACCAGGAAGCGUUCCUGGCGACGUACCGCACGUGGGUGUCGCCGGGCGAGCUGGUGCGCAAGCUGGUGCGGCGCGCGCACCACGCGCGGCCGCGCCCGCACGACCUGCGCUCCACGCUCGGCCUGCUCACGCGCGUCGUGGCCGACCUCACAAUGGCUGACCUUGAUCGCACUUUGAUGCAAGAAAUUAUGGAGUUUAUCUACUGGCUAGUUGAAGGCGAAGAACUCCCUAUAUCGAAAGCUCUGAGACAAAUACUCGUCGAUAAACAAAAGCAAUUACACUUUCAAAACGCAAACAACAAAUACGAAUAUGAUAUGCCCUGCUACGGUGUCGUAUCUCUACGUCGUGAUACGUUGUUAGAUUUCAAGGCCAGCGAGCUAGCCGAACAGAUGACGCUGCUGGACUCGGCGUUGUUCGUGCGUAUCACUACCGCGGAAGUGCUGUCGUGGCCGCGCGACCAGUCUGAGGAGAGUUCCCCGAACCUGACGAGGUUCACCGAACACUUUAACAAGAUGAGCUACUGGGCGCGCUCGAGGAUACUGGAACAAUACGAAGCGCGCGAGCGCGAGAAGUACGCGAGCAAGGUGCUGAAGGUGAUGAAGGCGCUGCGCAAGCUGAACAACUUCAACUCGUACCUGGCGCUGGUGUCGGCGCUGGACUGCCCGCCCGUGCGGCGCCUGGGCUGGCCGCGCGCCGUGGCCGACGCGCUGCGCGACCACUGCGCGCUCAUCGACUCCUCGCACUCCUUCCGCGCCUACCGCAGCGCGCUGGCCGACACGCAGCCGCCCUGCAUCCCCUACAUUGGUUUAUUCCUUCAAGAUCUUACGUUCGUACACGUCGGUAACCAGGACUUACUUCCCGAUGGCAGUAUUAAUUUUACGAAACGGUGGCAGCAGUAUAAUAUAAUGGAAAACAUGAAACGUUUCCAUAAAGACAGGCAGUACAAGUUCAAGAAGAACGAGCGCAUCCAGGCGAUGUUCAACGAGUUCGACGACGUGCUCAGCGAGGAGACGAUGUGGCAGAUCUCGGAGACCAUCAAGCCGCGCGGCGGCCGCUCGCGCGCCGCGGCC